UCCCAUUUUCAGGCUGUACCCAGAGAGUCUGCACUUGGUCGCUGGGGGUCAUUGCCUUAGACCUCUCCCUGUCAUCUUCCAGAAACAAUCUGCAGUCUCCGAGGUAGAAGAUGUCCCAUUCUAGCCUGCACCCAUCCAUCCCACGGCCUAGGGGGACCAGAGCCCGGAAGGCAGCCUUCAUCCUGUUGGCUGUCUGCCUGACAGCCCUUUGGGUUCUGGGAGAGCCACCAGAACACAUUCUCCGAUGGCUGGUGUUCCACCUGGCCUCCCUGCAGCUGGGACUGCUCUUCAAGGGGGUCUGUCAUCUGACUGAGGAGCUGUGCCACCUCCACUCCAGGUACCAGGGCAGCUAUUGGAGGGCUACUCGGGCUUGCCUGGGCUGCCCCAUUCGCUGUGGGGCUCUGCUGCUGCUGUCCUGCUAUUUCUAUGGCUCCCUCCCAAACACAGCUGGCUUGACUUUCACCUGGAUGCUUGCCCUCCUGGGCCUCUCAGAGGCACUGAACAUCCUCCUAGAACUCCAGGGCCUAGCUCCGGCUGAGGUCUCUGCAGUCUGUGAGAAAAGGAACUUCAACGUGGCCCAUGGGCUGGCAUGGUCAUAUUACAUUGGGUACCUGCGGCUGAUCUUGCCAGGGCUCCCAGCCCGGAUACGCAUGUACAAUCUACAGCACGCCAACAUGCUCCGGGGCUUGGGGAGCCAUCGACUACACAUCCUCUUCCCUCUGGACUGUGGGGUUCCUGACGACUUGAGUGUGGCCGACCCCAACAUUCGCUUCCUAUAUGAGCUGCCGCACCAAAGUGCUGACCGUGCUGGCAUCAAGGGCCGGGUUUACACCAACAGUGUCUAUGAGCUUCUGGAAAAUGGGCAACCGGUGAGCAUCUGUGUCCUGGAGUAUGCCACCCCCUUGCAGACCCUUUUCGCCAUGUCACAGGAUGGCCGAGCUGGCUUCAGCCGGGAGGACCGGCUUGAGCAGGCCAAACUCUUCUGCCGGAUACUUGAAGACAUCCUGGCAGAUGCCCCUGAAUCGCAGAAAAACUGCCGCCUUAUCGUCUACCAGGAACCUGCAGAGGGAAGCAGCUUCUCCCUGUCACAGGAGAUUCUCCAGCACUUACGGCAGGAGGAAAGGGAGGUCACUAUGGGUGGCCUGGACACCUCGAUUGCACCCAAUUCCUCCACUCUGUCCCAGGAGCCCAAGCUCCUCAUCAGUGGCUUGGAACAGCCUCUACCACUCCGCACGGAUUUAUUCUGAUGCUCAGGGUUUGCUGGCCUGAAACCCCAGUGCUCCCCAAGACUCUGGAUCCCCAAGACUGUGGAUUGAAGGGCUUUCUCAGCAACUGAAUGCCCAGCAGAACCACUUCCUCCCACAGGGAGCCUCUCAGAGAAGUUCCCUGAACUUAACAUUUCAAGACGAAUCCUACGACUUUGGGCAAGUUGUUUUACCUCUCUGAACCUCCGUGUCCUCAUCUGUGAAAUGGGAUUAUAAUCACUGUCCUACCUAUCUUGCAGAGUUGUUGUGAGGAUUAUGACUGUAUGGAACAUUUUUGUAAACUCUAAAUGCCAGAUAAAUUUAAGGGAUGUGUCAGGUGUC